UGAACCUCACACUCUCGCUGAUCUGCAUCUCUGCUCUGCUUCUUAGCUCAUUCGCUACCUCUACACACACCAUGGACAAGUCAAGAAUAUCCGACUUCCUCUCCAACAACUACAUCCCUCCCCGCAACGCCCCCAAGCGCGCGUCCGUCCCUCCCAAGCAUCCCACCCUCAUCAUGCAGGACAACACCACCGACGCGUCCCACCGCCUGACCUGCGGCUGCACCGGCGACAACUGCGUCUUCGAGCGCGUCGCCGACUCCGACAGCGGCGUCAAGGCCGUCCACCGCGCCUACGAGGAGCAGUAUCACCUCACCCCCGAUCACUCUGGCAUCGAGGGCGGCGACCUCAUCGUCUCGUCCUCUUCCCCUCCCAAGGCUACCCGCCUCAGCCAUAUCUCGGCCGUCCCUCCCCGGAGUCGGAGUAGUGAACGCGCUGCCCCUUUCUAAGCUGCAUCGCGUUUAUUAUGGGUCGGGUUAAUUUGCAUAGUUGGGGCUGAGCCCCUUCUGGUUGGGAAUCGUUUUUGUUUUGUUUCUUUGCUAUUGCUGCUAGCAGCGCUUUAGUUUGUUAUUUGUUAUUUGUAUUUGUUAAGAUGGUCGAAUGAAUCAUCAGCCCCAAGAUCACUGCUGCUCUCGCGCUGUGAUUUUGAUUCGUUUUGUUUGGGAUAUUGACUUUGAUGGUUCGGAUUCGGUUAUGGACUGGGAUACUCUUAUAUACAUUUAAUCUAUUAAUCGCCUUCAAGGCAAGGCCGGGGUAUCCUCUGGUCCUAUCUUCUACAUCUAUCUGCUUCUCCUUAUUCACUUGCUCCUUAUUCACACUGUAAAUAAACAAUACCGUGACUAUUACUCAUUGCUUCACCGAUGGUGCGGCUUAGCUGGUCAGGGUCAUCGACUAACUAAUAUAAACGAGGGCA